GCAGCUGGGCUGGGGAGGGGGCGGCGGCGGCACAGGUGGACCGAAGGGGGCGGGGUCGGUCCUGGGCGACAGGCUGAGCCGAGGGCCGCGAGGCGCCGGGGACCGAGCAUGGGACGGCGCGCCUGAGGGGCCAGAGAGGGAGCACGCGGCCUGGGACCCCGCCGGGGACAGCGAGGAAGGGGACGUGAGCGAGGAGGAGGAUGCAACUGACUCGCUGCUGCUUCGUGUUCCUGGUGCAAGGCAGCCUCUACCUGGUCAUCUGUGGUCAGGAUGACGGUCCCCACGGCUCCGAGGACCCUGAGCGUGAUGACCACGAGAGCCAGCCCCGGCCCCGGGUCCCUCGGAAGCGGGGCCACAUCUCACUGAAGUCCCGCCCCCUGGCCAACUCCACUCUCCUAGGGCUGCUGGCUCCACCUGGUUCCGAAGCUUGGGGUGUCCUUGGGCAGCCCCCCAACCGCCCAAACCAUAGCCCCCCACCCUCUGCCAAGGUGAAGAAAAUAUUUGGCUGGGGCGACUUCUACUCCAACAUCAAGACGGUGGCCCUGAACCUGCUGGUCACAGGGAAGAUUGUGGACCACGGCAACGGGACCUUCAGCGUCCACUUCCGCCACAACGCUACGGGCCAGGGCAACAUCUCUAUCAGCCUCGUGCCCCCCAGCAAAGCGGUCGAGUUCCACCAGGAACAGCAGAUCUUCAUCGAAGCCAAGGCCUCCAAAAUUUUCAACUGCCGCAUGGAGUGGGAGAAGGUGGAACGGGGCCGCCGGACCUCGCUCUGCACCCAUGACCCAGCCAAGACCUGCUCCCGAGACCAUUCUCAGAGCUCAGCCGCCUGGAGCUGCUCCCAGCCCUUCAAGGUCGUGUGCGUGUACAUCGCCUUCUACAGCACGGACUAUCGGCUGGUCCAGAAGGUGUGCCCAGAUUACAGCUACCACAGCGACACCCCCUACUACCCCUCUGGCUGACCCUGGGCAGGCCUCAGAGGCCAGGCUAGGGCUGGAAGGAUGGGCCUGCCCGGGCCAGAUGCCAUCUGCCUGGACACAGGGCGGGGAGGGGGAGGAGUCUAGGAGAUGUGGGCGGGGCCAUCUCAGGGGCCUGCCGCUGGCCAUUGUCCCAGGCUGGCCUCAGCCACUAGAAGGUGGGAGCCCUGGGGGUGGACGGCGAUCCCGCAGCCUUUCGGGGCCUGGCUUUCCCACCAAGCCGCAGGCUGAUGCUGGCUCCCAGGCCUCUGGUCGGGGAGAUCAUGGGGGCCCCAGGUCAAGUCACAGAGGAGACCCUAAGUCCUUGGGUCCCUCCCUGUCCUCCUGAGCGAGGACAGCAGUGGCAGAGGGGUUUUCAGGAGCCAGCUUAGGGUGCAGGGCUGAAACAGUGCAUCGCGGGAGACCGCAGCAGGCAGCUCCAAGCCCCUUCCCUGCCCCAGCCCGGUGUGAGGCUGAAGUGGUGACCCUUGAGGUCUUUGUUGUGGCAUAGAGUCCAUCGUCUCCAGCCAGGCCACCCCUUUCCUCCUGCCAGCACUCUAUACCCUCUGUGCUAGCAUACCUGUCCUUAGGUCCUUAGGACGAUGCUGGUCCUCCUGGCACCAAGGCCACUGGUGGGUGCCCACCCGUGUCAUGUGUCCCUCCACCACCACACCCCCUGCUGAGAGUGGUCCAUUCAUAGUGGCCCUGCCUGUCAGGCGGGGCCCUCCCUCCCCACCCUUGGGGCGGCCAGCGGUGUGGGUGGAGGCUGGCCCUGAGGACCCGGGUCGUCCCUCGUGUCUGUCUGGGGGGUGGGGGGCGGGAAGUCUUGUGAAAUCACCUGACCGUAGACUUCUGUGUGCAGUCUUGUCCUUGGAGCAGGGAAUAAAGCUUUCCCCAGGC